AUGGCAUCAGAAGUUACUGACAACCACACUGAUGAAAUACAUCCAUGUUAUCAAAUAGAUAAGGUCUCUAACACACUGAUAUACACCCGUGCUGCAAUAUGUGUUUUUUUAAACAUUUUCCUUGGCUCAUUAUGUGUACUAACAGUUUGUGGAAACCUUCUUGUAAUAAUCUCCAUCACUUACUUCAAACAGCUCCACACUCCUACAAACUAUCUUAUUCUCUCUCUGGCUGUGGCUGACCUGCUUGUUGGUGUUCUAGUCUUACCUCUCACCAUAGAAUUCGGUGUAAUCUCUUGUCUGUAUUAUACCACUUUAUUUUGCAAAAUACAAAACAUCUUUGAUGUAACACUGAGCACAGCUUCCAUUCUGAAUUUAUGUUUUAUUUCUAUUGACAGAUAUUAUGCAGUGUGUCAGCCUCUAACAUAUAGGACCAAGAUAAAUGCUGACAGUGCUGUAGUCAUGAUCCUGGUAACAUGGAGUUUUUCUAUUCUAAUUGGCAUUACACUUUACAUUGUGGAAUUAAAACUUGAAAUAUGUCAAGAAAUGUGUUUGUUGGAGAUUUUCCUUCUAAAUGCUUUGGCACCUUUUUUUGCAUUUUACCUUCCAUUGAUCAUAAUGCUCUGUAUCUACCUAAAGAUUUUCCUUGUGGCACAGAGACAGGCUCGCAGCAUCCACAACACAAACUGUCAGAGCACAAAGUCUGGAGCAACUGUCAGUAAGAUGGAGAGAAAGGCCACCAAAACUCUGGCUACUGUUCUGGGAGCUUUUCUGAUGUGUUGGCUUCCUUACUUCCUCUGUUAUACCAUUCAGUUUUUCAGUUUUUUGUCCCUGCCAGUGCAACUGUUGGAAGCUCUUAUCUGCUUUGCGCUGUCCAAUUCAAUGUUCAAUCCAUUCAUUUAUGCCUUAUUUUACAGCUGGUUCAGAUCAGCUUUCAGAAUGAUCAUAUCAGGAAAAAUAUUUCAGGGUGAUUUUUCUAACACAAAACUGUCUUGACUUA